UUUGCUAUCUCAUAGUUUUGGUGUCAGCUCACAGUUCGGUGUCCCUUUUCACAUAGUGUGUUCCAGGGGUCCAAGACACCAACUAUCAGGUGCUAUGCGUUACCCGUCACACAAUGCUUGUCCACUUCGUUCCAUUACAUUUUAGCUUUAUUUGCCCCGUUUCACGUGCCGUCCUGUCAAUGUCAACCGACUCAACCCGUUUCGAUGCUCAUUAUUUUUGUUUACACAGCAUAUGGUUAUGAGCUUUAGAGUAUCAGAGCUGCAGGUGCUUCUGGGUUUUGCUAGAAGGAACAAGAGUGGGAGAAAGCACGAGAUUCUCAACAAGGCCCUUCACCUCCUAAAGAACGGUUGCAGUCCGGCCAUCCAGAUGAAGAUCAAAGAGCUUUAUCGCAGAAGGUUUCCACGCAAGAUUCUGAGUGCCUCGGACAUGUCCAUGCUGCACAUGCAAACAGGGGCACUGUCUUCCACCAAUUCUCUAGCACAGAACGUUGUAUGCCACCUGGGCUAUGAUAGUAACCCCACAUCAACCACGGUUCCCACCUCCAUGCUGCCUCCUGUACCGAUGUUAGGCCCAAAGCACGAGCCAGACAUCCAGCACCUCUCUCCUCCCAUCCACCCUGUACAUCCUGAUGUCAAAAUGAAGCGGCUACCUUUUUACGAUGUCUAUGAUGAGCUCAUUAAACCCACAACUUUAGCCUCAACAAGCACACAACGGUUCGAAGAGGCCCACUUUAACUUUGCAUUGACACCACAGCAAGUCCAUCAGAUCCUCACCUCUAGAGAGAUAUUACCAGGAGCCAAGUGUGAUUAUACAGUGCAAGUACAACUAAGGUUCUGCUUAUGUGAGACCAGCUGUCCACAGGAAGACUACUUCCCUCCAAACCUGUUUGUGAAAGUAAACGGGAAACUUUGUCCUCUGCCUGGAUAUUUGCCACCUACUAAGAACGGAGCAGAACCCAAGCGACCAAGUAGGCCGAUCAGUAUAUCUCCACUUAUCCGGCUAACAUCCACUGUCCCAAAUACUAUUGUGGUGAAUUGGUCCUCAGAGUUUGGCAGAAAUUACUCGCUCUCAGUAUCCCUUGUUAAACAGCUGACAUCUGCAACCCUGUUACAAAAGCUCAGAGCUAAAGGAAUCCGAAAUCCAGACCAUUCCAGAGCAUUGAUUAAAGAGAAGUUGACAGCAGAUCCUGACAGUGAGAUUGCCACCACAAGUUUACGAGUUUCAUUGAUGUGCCCGUUGGGUAAGAUGCGCCUGACCGUACCCUGCAGAGCAAUUACCUGUACCCACUUGCAGUGCUUUGAUGCAGCUCUCUACCUGCAAAUGAAUGAAAAGAAACCAACGUGGACAUGUCCUGUAUGUGACAAAAAAGCACCCUAUGAUACGCUGAUCAUUGACGGCCUCUUCAUGGAGAUCCUAAAUUUCUGCACAGAUUGUGAUGAGAUUCAGUUCAUGGAAGAUGGGUCCUGGUGUCCAAUGAAACCCAAGAAAGAGAAACAGGACUUGUGCCAACCCUCUUCAUACAGCAGUAUUGAGUCAAGCACUAUAUAUAACAUGAGCUCAGAUAUGAAGCAUGUUACAGAAAUUAAGAAAAAGGUGGAAGUGAUCGACUUGACUUUGGAUAGUUCAUCUGAUGAAGAAGAGCCUCCAGCCAAAAAACAGUGUCCUGUUACCUCUACUAUCAUUCCCUCAUGUGUAGGGCACAAAGGGGUGAUAAGUACUGAUCAUCAGACAUCAUCUGUACUCAGAAGUCCACAAUUGACAACUAUAGGUAGUGAUUACCUAUCGGGCCUUCCUAUCCCAGAUUAUCACAGAUCCUACCAGGUUCCAGGUGAACUUCAAGGUCUGGACUUGUUUUCCUUCCUUCAAACUGAUAAUCAGCAUUACAGCCCUUCUGUCAUCACAUCCUUGGAUGAGCAAGAUGCUUUGAGUCAUUUCUUCCAGUACCGCAGCCCUCCUUCCCACUUCAUGAAUCCAUUAACGCAGACAAUCGGGGGAACCCAUGGACCAUCCAGCACCACUGGCCGUAUCAGCAGCAUUGUUUCCACCAAUGCACUAAGAGAGAGCCACAAUCACAGUGGAUCACAAAAUACCACCUCCACACUUCAAGGGUGUCGACCAGAUAUAAUUUCCUUGGACUGAAUUGAAGAGUAGAGGGCAGUGGAUGCAAAAGGAACAGAGAGAUAUCUCAGACUGGAGUAAGGGUGCUAAACUGGGUUCAGAAGUCAGACCCUCUAAAUCCAUCAUGGUCUUGCACAGCUACUGCACAAGCGAACAGCUGGAGCUGACUUGCCAAAUAAACUCGUGCCAUCCGGGAAAGGUCUCUAGUUUUGAACACCCUAUGUAAUUGCACUGCACUGUUACAGGCCGUUUUGGCAAUUUUAUUUUUUUCCUUGCAUUUUUGUUGGCUAGGAUUAAUCCGUGAGCCAUAGUUUAAAAGCAUUAUAGACUGGGUCCUGUGGUCCCAAAUGCAUCAAAAUUGUUCUGGAAAUUUUACGUUUAUCAAGGUUUCAGGAGUUCCAGGAGAUCAAAACGGCUUUCCAAUUAUAUAACGCUAGGAUUAUUAUUUGGAUAAUAAUAAUUGAAAUAUGGCUUUUAUAUCAUGGAAAAAUGAUAUAUAUCAUCAACCAUUCCAUCUCCUUUGCCAUAAAUAAUAGAAGUUCUGAGCACAAUAUAAAGUAUAUUGUUUUUGCUUCCAUUAAAUUUAGUUGUGCAAAUGCACAGAGUACGGAUAGUAAAUGUAAAAUAAGUCACACAUUAAAAAAUGAAUGUGAAAAUUUCUGCCAACAAGAAAUUCAUGCUGCAAAAUUCAGACGUCUGUGUGUUUCAGUGCUAAUCGCAAAGGGGAUAUCCUGGCUAUUUUGGUAACAAAGCAUAAAAGACUUAUGCUGGUUUAAAUGUCAGCAGCUGUGUUGAACAAUAAGCAGAAAUCUCAACCAUUGUGGAAUUUUUUUGCAGAAACAAAUCUUUAGUUUUAUAAUUUCAAGCUUUUACAAGAUUUUAACAGAAACUGUAAUUUAUUUUCCAAAUUUCCAUUAGGAAAAGAUAAAUGCAGUUAUUACAUUUUGUUCAUAGAUUCUAAAAGAGCUUAUUACUGCCAGGCCCCAAGGCCCACAGUAUAUCUAAGUGUGCAUCGCGGAUCAAUUGUGAAAAGUGAAGUGUUCUGAUUGUGAGUCUCCUUUUUCUGAAUUUUACUCUGACUUCCAGAUUCCUACAAUUUUUUUAAUACCUGUACAGCUCCUCUGUAUAUUUUUCAUAUUUUGUAAUGAAUGUUUUCUUUAUAUAUAUAUAUAUAAUGUUAUUUACAUAGAAUAGACCUGUACAGAGAUUGAUGCAAAUAUACAUCUAUAUAUUUUCAGUUGCAGCAUUUUUUUUUCUACGUAUAGAAACUCCAAAGAAUUUCCAUAUUUCUAUCGGACUAAACUAAAUGAAGGUUGUAUAUUUUCAGCUUAGGAACAGACCUAGCAGGUCCCCUCCUAGCAUUUAAGGGGUUUAACCCACUGUGCCAAGGCUGUGGUUAAAUAGUGCAGCUAUGGCACACUUAUUUAUGUAUUUAAAUAUAUAGCGUGUAUGUAUUUUGUUUCUUUAUUAGCAGAGGUAGAUAAUCAUGUUUUUAAUUCUUCCAAUAGAAUAAUGUAUUGAAGUAAAUCAUGAGGAUGUGUAAACGGAAAUAAAUAUAAGCUUUAUUUAUUUAAA